CGAAGCGGGGAGCGCUCGCCAGCCUCCGCUCCCCGCAGCGCUACCCGUCCCGAGGCGCCAUCUGCCAUCGCCGUCUCCACUGUCACGGUCAUGGCCUCUCACGGCAAACUGAGGAAGGACCGGGGAUCGCUGACUGACUAUGAAUCUCAGGUCAAAGAGAUCCGAUGGCAGUUGGCAGAGCAGCUCCGGAGCCUGGACGGUCAGGGGGAACUUCGGCGGGAGCUGCUUCAGGAUCUGGGCGAGUUCAUGCGGCGCAGGGCCGAGGUGGAGCUGGAGUACUCCAAGGGACUCGAGAAGCUCAGUGAGAGGUUCCUGGCCCGAGGGGGCCGGACCAGUGGCAAGGACCGAGACCAACAGAACUUCCGGAAGGAGCCGUCCCUUCUGUCUCCCCUGCACUGCUGGUAUGUGCUGCUGCAGCAGACUCGGCAGGAGAGCCGGGAUCACGGGGCCCUCAGCGAGGUGCUGGCCGGGCCCCUGGCCCAGCAGCUCAGUCACAUUGGAGAGGACGUAGGGCGUCUGGUGAAGAAGAGUAAAGAUCUGGAACAGCAGUUACAAGAAGACCUGCUCAAAGUGGUGUCAGAGCUGCAGAUGGCCAUGAAAACCUACCAGACAUACAGGGCAGAGAGCGUGAGCUCGGAGGGAAAACUGAGAGAGGCCGAGCGACAAGAGGAGAAGCGGGCCGGCCGCUGCGGGGAAUUCGGCACCUCGCAGGGCAUAGAUGGUCAUGGCUGGGCUCCUCCUCGAAGAACCUCCCUCAAGAAAGGCGGACGCCUCGUAGAGAAGCGCCAGGCCAAGUUUUUAGAACACAAACUGAAGUGUACCAAGGCGCGGAACGAAUACCUGCUCAGUUUGGCCAGUGCCAAUGCAGCAGUCAGCAACUACUAUCUUCGAGAUGCUGUUGCCAUCAUGGAUUGCAGUGAUUUGGGCUUCCACCUGGCUCUGAGCAAGGUUCUUCGUGGCUACACAGCAGCCGUGACCCGGGCCAAGACCUCCCCUGGUCAGGGCCCGAGCAAACUGGACAUAGCCGUGGACACCCUGGACCCGGAAGGAGACAAAAGCAAAGUGUUGGAGUUCCACGCCUCUGCCUACUGUCCACCUUUCCGAUUUGAAUACCAACCCUAUGAAGGGGAUGAGGUGUCUGAGGUCCAGGUGCCUGUAGACCUGGAGGAUGAAAUCCUUCCUCGAGCCAAGAAUAUCCAAGCCCGCCUGGAUCAACAGAACAUUGAAACCGGGGAGGUCAACAAGACUCUGAAGGCCAGCCUGCAGUCCCUGCUGGAUCAGGCCGCCUCAGAUGACAGCGAUGUGUUAGAUGCCUUCCAGGCCAGCCCAUCCACCGAAUCACUCAAGUCCACGGGAUCUGAUCCUGGCUGUAGGCAGCUCGCACGGAGACGUGGCCAGCAGCAGGAGACGGAGACCUUCUAUAUCCUGAAACUGCAAGAAUAUCUGAGCUGCAGAAGCAUCCUCACCAAGCUACAAGCAAAACAUGAGAAAUUACAGGAGGCCAUUCAGAGAGGCAACAAGGAAGAUUGUGAUGGGUCUCGGGCCCGCUGUGCUAUGACUAGAUCCCAAAGGAAUCGGCGCCCUCGGCCUAGCUCCCAGUACAACCACAAACUCUUUUCAGGAGACAUGGAGAAAUUCAUCCAGAGUUCAGGUCAAGCUGUUCCCUUGGUAGUCGAAAGCUGUAUCCGCUUCAUCAACCUGCAUGGUCUCCAACAUGAGGGCAUUUUCCGAGUACCUGGAGCACAACUUAGGGUUACAGAAAUCCGGAAUGCCUUUGAGAGAGGUGAGGACCCCUUGGUGGAGGGCUACUCGGCCCAUGACCUGGACUCCGUGGCUGGUGUGCUGAAGCUCUAUUUCCGUGGCCUGGAGACACCACUUUUUCCAUCAGAGAUGUUUGGGGAGAUGCUGGCUGCUGUGGAGCUGGAGAGCCCUAGAGAGAGGGCAGAGCUUGUGAAAGGCAUCCUGGGCCGCCUGCCAGGGCCAGUGUUGGUGGUCCUCCGUUAUCUCUUUACCUUCCUCAAUCACCUGGCCCAGUACAGUGAUGAAAACAUGAUGGACCCCUACAACCUGGCCGUGUGCUUUGGGCCCACGCUGGUGGUUGUUCCGCCAGAGCAAGACCCUGUGGCGGUGCAGGGCCGGGUAAACCAGCUGGUUCAGACGCUCAUCCUGCAGCCCGACUUGAUCUUCCCAACCUCUGCUGUGCUGCCAGGGCCCCUCUAUGAAAAGUGCAUGACCCCGCCACAUGAUGAUUUUGGGGAUACUCAACUGGAUGCCACAGCAGAAGAGAGUGAGCAGGAUGUGCCCGUGGAGACAUCGGCUAAUAAAGAGGAGACUCCUGUUCUACCUUUAGAGAGCUCUGGGUCACCCCCAGAGAGUUCUGCCCCAGUCCCUGAGUCUGAGGGAUCUGUGGAAGCUGUGGCUUGCUUUGACUACGUGGGCCGGACACCCCAGGAGCUAACUUUCCAGCGUGGGGACUUACUAUGGCUGCAUACCCGGGCCUCUGGAGAGUGGUGGCGUGGGGAGCGGGCAGGCACCCUGGGGCUCAUCCCCCACAAGUACAUCAAGGUGCCCGAAAAGCCAGAGAAUCGAGUGACUUUGCAGGAAGGACAGGGAGAAGGUGAACUGGUCUCCAAAUCUGAGGACCUCACAGUGGAGCCUAUGAGCCGCAUGCGCACAAAUUCAGAAGGUGGCUAUGGCAGGGCUCGCCCCCAAGCAAGCAGUGGCAAUCCAGUUGGCAAAUUGACUUCACCUUUUCUGGAUCCUACCCACCACCCUUUGACCUUGACGUCAGCUGGCCGAGCUGUGAUACCUGGUGACAGACCAGAGCGUCGAAACACGAUGGAGAUGCCAGGUCCCUCCGGAUGCAACUGGCGCUGCCCAGCCAUCAUCACCAGUGAUAAGAAAUUGGAGGUUGACAAGAACGUGGCCCAGAGGAUGGAAUCUGUCUUUAAGGAGCUCUUGGGGAAGGCCAAUGCCCGGCAGGUGCAGAAGACCUCCGAUACCCUCUUGAGUUCCCCUGAGGCCUCCAGCUCCACUCAACACAGCAGGCGGCCCAUAGGACCCAGUCGAACUGGGAAAAACAAGGUUUUCUUCAGAGGUACUGGGGCCCAGGACUUACCUUGAGCUCCCCAUCUGCCAUCCCCGCUGUGGCUGGGCAUGUACCCCCAGCAUGCAGCUGUUUCUUCAUAGGUAUAUUGGACCUCACCUGUGUUCUUCACUUGCCUUUCUACCCAAACCCCUCUACCCACAUCCCUUUCCCUCAAGAAACCUGAAUAAAAUGGAAGGUUCUGCUGGGCAAAUA